CAGGAAAUGCCGUGACUAGGUCGAGGGAAGGGUCAUCUCUACAACUUUCGUGCCUCUACGAUGUCGGUGGAGUCUUGCCGGGGAAGAACCUGCAUUGCUGCAAUGUUGGAAGCGGACGUCCAGACCCUCGUCCACCGCUUCUAUGCCCUUCAGAGUGAACGGGUCGAAGCCUACCAUCUCUUUGAAGAGGGCCACCGGGCGUAUCUCCGAAGCGGCCCCGACUACGACUUCGCCCGCUACCGCCAGCUAGUGCACGAGAUCACCCAGGCCUUCAGCGGGAUCUCGCGGGAGAUCCUGCAGAUCAAAGAGCAGCUGGAGGGACCCCGCGGGCGGCCAGACCUCGCCCAGCACCUGGGGCGCCUCCAGGAGAAGGAGAAGGAGAAGCUCGAGCUGACAGCUCAGCUGCAGCUCGCCAAACAAAACGCUCAAGACCACCCCAGCGUCGAAGCCCACCCACAAGAGGUUCGGGAGCUGAAGCAGAAGCUAAUUCAAACCAUCGAGGCAAUCAGCGAAAUUCUCCAGGAUUUCAAGUACGAUUCCGAAGAAAGCACUUGACGGGACGUCCCAAAGGAAGGCGAUUUUUCGGCGGAGGGGGAGAGGAACACCCCCCUGCAAGCAAGCAACGUUCGGCUUUCUCUCUCCCCCCCCAACCCCCCGCCCUUCUGCCCGAUUCCUUACCCGGUCUGGGUUCUGACCUGCCUCGCACGCAGGCCCCGACGCGAGGGGCUCAGCCGGACGUGCCUUGGCCCCCCGCCCGGCACGAAAGGCUCCAGACCCACGCCGAACAAGCCCAAUAAAGACUUCUCUCUAGACCGGCUGGAGGUGGAGAUGUGGGGCAGCGGAUGGGGAGCCGAGGAACGUUCUCGCCCUCUGUUUGGAGUCAAUAAAAGCCAGCCUCGUUUUCUUGUGUGGGACUCUUUUCUCCAAACCCAAAUCUGUUCCGCCGGGACGUGCGA